AUGUUGCUCACAUUAUCGCAGCCCGGGAAAUCAGAUUUUGGCGCACGUACUACGCAUGACUUUAAAUCACCGCAAUUGCCCAGAUAUUCUCCAAAGUCUAUGAUGAACGACGCUGUACGACCUCCACUGCCGGCCAGUAUCACCCCGACCAUGUCGAAUCAACACAGAGGCUUGCCUCCACCAGCUGCCAUGACCCUGCCGGAUCCAGGGAGAGGGCCACCAAUGAUUCCCCCACCACCUCCUCCGGUGCAAGCGCCGGCGCACAUGCACCAUGAAGCACAGAGGACACAAUGGCAGGACGAAGGGGAAUCAUCACGCAGCUGGCACGCGACUAGGGUCGAGGAGGAGAGACGGAGGCAGGAGGAAGAGAAGACACGGCAAGAGUCGUUGAGGUUGGAGCAGAGACGGGUCGAACAUUCGAUGUUGAGGGAGUCGAUGCAGGGCGGCAUUCCUCCGCACAUGGUGCCCAUGAUCUUUGCAGGCAUUGGCGGUGCCAAUCUGGCCAACUUCAGUCUCGAGGUGCUGCAACAAUACACUGCUCAGCUACAGGCCGCUCAGCAACAACUGCAGCCCGGACAGGAAGACGGCCGUGAACGAAGAAGCAUCAACCAACCGCCAGCAGCGUAUGCGCUACCCCCGCAACCUCCCCAAUCGCAUCCUCAUGCUGCUGGUAUGCAUCAACAACAUCAACAACAACAACAGCAACCUCCCCCACUGCUGGCCGCUCAUCAAUCGACCUUCCCAGCCUUCCAAUCGACAUCACCACCGGGCAGACGUAUCCCUGGAGCGCCUGGCUCAUCCGUGGCCCAAUCCACCUUGCCUCGUCUGACAACCGGAGACAUGCAGAUCAACCCACCCCCAUCUGCACCGAGCAGCGCUCACCCUCUGCAUCAGACUCAGACGAUACAACAAGACCAGCCGGCCUCGUCACCGUCCAUCUACUUCCACCACUGGGUGCCACCGACGUCACAGGCUGACUCAAAGUCGGGUACGCAGCCGCAGACUCCAGUCACGGGCACAGGUGCCUCACAAAACUCUGACGGGGGCCACCACACAGAUAGCCCUCGCAAGCGCAAGAAUCAGCAAGCCCAUCAGCCACCUCCACCGCCAUCGUCGCUUCCAACUCAAUCCCACUCAAGCCCGAGUUUUUCCACCACUUCGUCCGGCCGUAAAGCGGGCCCUGCUCAUGAACUUGUCCGAAGCAAUGCCUCGCCUCGUGCUAUUCCCGGUACCGGCCAAACCUCGAGUCGUCGUGACAGCGGUGCUCCCGGAACCCAUCUCGAUUUCGUUUACGAGAGGGGUGCUCCACCGAGCAAGAGUCAGCAGCAGCAUCACCACCACUCGUCGCAUCACUCUACUGCGCCACCGAGUCCAAAGAGGGAUGCUCGUCAUCCGUACUGA